CGAGAUCUGAUAUGAUGUCAGUCCAGUGCACCUCAUCUGGCUACUCAUGUUUGUUUUCAAAUCAUUUUUCUUCACCUUCACUUUUGUGCCCUUCAUUUCCAGUCAAGAUCAACAUGCCCAAGACAUUGAAACAUACAGAAACUACGGAGGAUGCCUAGACUUACAAGAUGCAUUUGAUGUUUUUUACUCUGAACCGUGCAGGAGCAUGCCGAAGGUUGAAUAUCUGAUGAGACUGUUUCACUACCACUGUCCAAACAUAUCCAGCUACUUCAGGGAGAUGGUGCAGCACAAGAGGCAUGUGUUUAUUGCAGUCGAAGGCACACACAGGGAAACCAAGAUAAUUCUGACCAAGAUACUGGCAAGGAAGCUGAGAGGAAAGUUCAAGUUCAGCCCUCCCUCCUACCUAGUGAGAACUGGGUACAAGUUCACGGAGACCAGGACCAUGUCUAGAGCCUACUACUGUCUGGGCUACUACGCUGCGGCUUACAGAAUGGCUAUGAUGCUGCAAUACACACCCGUAGUAACUGGCGGGUAA